UAAAAAGAUGGCUGGAGCGAUGCAGUUCUACACUUCAUUCUCAAACGUACCGGUUGAAGUUCAGCUCAUCUACUUUCGGGCGAGGAUUGGUUUUGUUUUGGAACUGGUACUCCGGUUCUUUCAUUCAACGGGUGCUUUUGCAUGUGAAUUCUUGGCACGUUGUCUGCUACAAAACUGGAGGAAUGGCUCCCAAUUCUUCGGCUGCUCUUGCGGAGGAAAGUGUUGAAAGCAAAGUAGAACAAAAGCCACAAUAUAAGACAAAGAUCGUGUGGUUCAAUGUUAUCCUUUUCGUGUAUCUUCAUUUGAGCUUCUUUUACGGAGUUUAUCUCGGAUUGACAUCGGCAUAUUUAAAAACUUGUCUAUUUGGUUACAUCUAUGGGAACAUUGGAGGAUUAGGUAUUACAGCAGGCUCUCAUAGGCUUUGGUCUCACCGUUCCUAUAAAGCAAGGUGGCCUCUGCGAGUUUUACUGUGCAUCUUUGCUAGCAUAGCAGCUCAGAAUGACAUCUAUGAAUGGUGCAGGGAUCACAGGGUCCAUCAUAAAUUUACAGAGACUGAUGCUGAUCCUCAUAACAUCAAAAGAGGGUUUUUCUUCGCUCAUAUGGGAUGGCUCAUGUGCAGAAAACAUCCUGCUGUUGCUUCCAAAGGAAAAACUGUCUACCUCGAUGAUCUUUGGGCCGAUCCAAUAGUUAGGUUCCACAGAAGAUUUUAUAUCCCGAUGGUUCUGCUCUUCAGUUUCUACGUACCUACCAUGAUUCCUGUCUGGUUCUGGGGUGAAACACUGUGGAACUCGUUCUUCAUAGCAGGUUUGGCAAGAUAUUGUUUCAGCUUAAACGUCACAUGGUUAGUCAACAGCGUUGCUCACAAGUAUGGUGAUCAACCUUACGACAGGUACAUUGAAGCUCGUGAAAACUCCAUUGUUGCCUUACUUGGACAUGGUGAAGGAUGGCAUAACUACCACCACGUCUUCCCUUGGGAUUAUUCCACAAGCGAAUUAGGAUAUACUUUCAACCUCACUAAGAUCUUUAUCGAUUUUAUGGCACUGAUUGGAUUGGCUUAUGAUCGUAAGAUUGUUCAUCCCGAGCUAGUCAAGAACAGAAAACUGAAGACUGGCGAUGGAACAAGAAUGAAAUGUGUAGAUGGUGCUGAAGAGCAGGUAUGCAGCACUUCGUGAGACUGUGGUGUUUCGUUGGCGAAAGCAUCUUCAAGUUCCUACGUAAGCUGAUAAUGGAUAAAAAAAAUUUGUCUGAGCUGACCCUCCCACCAUCUAUUUAGUUUCUUGAGUCGGGGGCUAAAUGAUUAGCAUUACUCAUGAGUGAUUUUUAAUGAACUGACUUCACGUUUCUCUACUCGAAGUGGACAUGCUCUUCCAUAUAUCAGGACUUUCAGAGCAGUUUCAUGUGUAUUCAUAAAAUGAACAUUCUGCAACUGUUUUAAAUGACCAUUCAGUAUAAAUAGGAUUUUUAUGUGAAUACGACUUUUAUGUGCAUAGGAUUUUUGUGUAUGUGUUAUGUACUAUAAUUUUAAUUAUCAAUAAAGUCUGUUCUCUGAGUUUUACAAACAUUAA